AUGACCGUGCCUCCGAUCACUGCAUUUCUCCAACUGGAUGAAGACCGAACAGCCCAACUGAUGCAAGCCGCCCAACGCGGCUUGCUCAGCGAGGUACGGUUCUUGCUCUAUGGAGUCUCUCCAGAUGUUCGAGAUCAAACUGGCCGCACUGCCUUCUCCUGGGCGGCAUCCUUUGACCUGGCGCAGGCGAAAACGGCCACUGAUCGCGAUCGUCCGGGCCAGUUGAUGCAAUUGCUUCUCGACCGUGGAGCCGAUCCCAACCUCGCGGACCUGCACGGCGAGACCGCUUUGCACUGGGCCGUGAAGGCCGGUGACGAGCAGAUGGUGGAGCUUCUCCUGCAAAAGGGCGUGCUAUCAGAGGUGGCCGACCUGCGGGGCCGCACACCGUUGUCGCGGGCCGCCGAACGGGGCCAUGACAGGAUCGUCGCGCUCCUCCUUGACAAGGGUAAAGCAGACCCGGAUAGCAAAGAUGGGCGAGGGCGGACCCCGCUCUCCUGGGCGGCCGAGAACUGGCAUCUCAAAGCCGCGAGCCUGUUGGUCGAUCGUGGAGCCAGCGGAGACAUUCAAGACCACGAGGGACAGAUCCCUCUGUGGUGGUUGGUUAGUAACACGGCCAGAAGAAGUAUGCUGGCGCAUGGGGUCACAUCCCCCGACGUUGAUUUUCAGAAAUGGCUGACCGUGCUCGGGCCUGGCCCUGGAAUUGAGCCCAUGACAAAAGCUCGACGCACGUUCCUGGCAUGGGCAAGCGAGCGUGGUGAUCGAGAACUGGUCCACCAUCUCUUAAGAACCACUUGGGCAGACCCUAAUUCAAUCGAUCGUUAUCGCAAAACGCCCCUCAUUUAUGCAUUGGAAUGGAGCCACUAUGAAGUGGCCGAUACGCUUAUGCUGGGUGUUGGGGAUGAAGUAGAACGAAAGAAGGACGUUGUGUCCUUGCCUGUGAUGAUUCAAGAAGGUCGUGCGCGACUACUGAAACCUUUUCUUGAACGGUACAAGCCCAGUCUAGAAAGAGAGGAUGAGUACAGCUCAAUUCCCCUAAUGAGGAUGGCACUCCAGCAGGCCGAUAGACCCACCGUGGCUGCUCUCUUGGAGCACAAAGCUCGCAUCGACGAAUUGGAGAACGGAGACUGGUUCGGCCCUUGUAGUGAAGGGAAACCGACUGUAAACCUGAUGCCGUCACGCAAUUUUCCCACUCAAGGCCAACAUUCGAUCCCGGUGAUGGACAUGACUAUCCCAGAAGGUGAUCGGGCAGGCCUGAUUGCCUUGAUGAAUCAUCGGCUGAACAUACUGGAUCUCGACGAGGGUUUGAACUUCGGGGCUUAUAGCCGCGGAAUCAAGCCUAGUGUAGUGGUUGAUCUUGUGGCUCUGCGGGACGGACGCAGAAAGGCCCGGUGGUUAACAGCCGAUGUAUUGCAGAAAGAGAUCAGAGCAUUGCCCAAGACAGUCGACGAAACCCAUCUGAUGCUCUUCCGAGAGAACUAUGUCUGGGAAACGUAUUGCCCACUGACAGAAACGCCCAAUGAGAUGAACUUCUCUCUGGGACAUAAAAGUCCCUGCAGGACAUUCACAUUGUUUAUUCGACUGGAUAUAAAGAUAGGCGACUUGCUCACGGAUGACGAUGACGAGAAGGGCACGGUCCGAAUAAUCGAAUGGGCAAUGCUGGAGGCACCACCGAAAGCAAUUCACUACUAUAGUAAUCUGCCUUAUGGUUGGAUUCCACAGAAUGAUCUUGAACUAGUGCAACUGUUCAUGCAGACUUGGCGAGAGGACUGGUUAAUGAUCUGCCGAGAGGCCAGGAGGUAUCUCGGACGACUGCGCACGCAUCAGUUGUCUGCGCGGGGAAAAGAUGAUCGACUCAUUGAUUCCAUAGCAAAGCACAUGCAACGAUGGACUCACGUUCAGGGGUUACUGGCGGAGCAGCUAAGUCAAGUUCGAGACUUUGUCACCCAAUAUCAGCGGUUUAGUGAAACGCGCAAAUUCACCGAGCAGAUGCAGGAUAUGAUCUCUGAGCUCGAGCGGGAUAUAUCAGGACAGAUCGACAAGCUGGAGCAGACGGUCCGCGACCUGCUUCAGAUCGAAUUUGCAUGGGUGUCGAUUAACGAAGCGCAUCGAUCGACUAGUUUGGCAACUAGUAUGAAACGACUUAGUUGGAUCACGUUUAUCUUUCUUCCUUUGACUUUCGCCUCUCGAAGAACAGUUUACUCACCUUGUGUAGAGCUUAUUCGGUAUGAAUGUGGAUAUCCUGGAAGAUAA